AUAUAUAUGUAUAUGUAUAUAUACAUUAUGUUAUGGAUUCUUACCAAGAAUCUUCUGUCUGUAAGGCAGCCACCUAUAUUGGAGACGGUUGUUUUGGACAGGUGAAGCGAUAAAUUUUUUAUAGAUUUUAUUCCAAUAAAAACAACUGCCAUCGUCAACCUGGUCAAUAAUAGCAGCAUCACAAGCACAAACACAAGAAACUUACGCGAUAAGCAAGACAAUCCUGGAUAAUUCUGGUGUACAACAGUGCAUUUAACAGUACUCACACAUGUUUAUCAACUGACAUCAAUCAAUCAAUGUUUAUGUAAUAUAUAUAUAUACAUAUAUAUAUAUAUAUACACACUCACACACACAUGUAUCAUGACGAUGAUUCUUCCAUGACAAUAACUCGAUUUAUAAUACAAUUUUGUGAUGAAAUUUAAUAUUUAAUAUGUUCUAAUUGCGACAUUUUCAAAAGAAAACAAUAUACGUUACACAGAUAAAUGUCUUUAAUUAAUAAGACUUCUUCGGAAACAUGUUACGUUGGAUAAAAACUACUCUUUUCAGAUGGCUUGCUGGCAGUUCUUCACUCUGUGGCAAGAUGCCAGACUUCCGUGUCAUUGCUGUGGUCAGCUUCCUCUUUCUGCUGUGUACAUGGCACCAAUUCAUUGUUGAUAAGCAAUGUACAGUGACAACAUCAAAUCAGCUCAAACAAAAUUCCAUGGACCAUUUUGAGGAACUUCCUAGUGAUGAAGUUAAUGAAAAUUUAAGCAUAAAUAAACAGGAAUUGGUACAUUUAAAUAAUUACCGAACAAAAUACAUUAUUUAUUAUUGUGUUGGCGAGAAAACCUGUGGGGGAUGGGGAGAUCGGCAGCUAGGCAUAGUGUCUGUAUAUUUAAUGGCGCUUGCCAUGGGUCGUCGUUUUGGCAUCAUGAUUUCAAAACCUUGUGAGAUUUCUGCCUUUCUUCGACCAAACAAGGUGAACUGGGAGGUGGAUGCAAACGAGCUGCAUAGCUUGGAAAGUCGUUACCUCUAUUUGAUUGGCAACAAAGAAUACAUUCCCCUUCUACAAUGGGCAGACUUAGAAACACUUUACCCUGAAGAUGUCGUCUAUGUGACGACAAACUAUGACUAUUCGAAUGCCUUGAAAGUGAAUGUUCGUUACAAAGAACAGCUACUUUGGGCAUUGCAAAUGUCAAGUGAAAGUGUAUUUGCGAAAGUGAUGAAUUUAUUGUUUCGCUUCAACAAUGUCCUUCAAAUACAUCUACAAAAUUUCUUUACAGUUAACAUCCCCAGACCAUAUAUACAGCUAGUGUGUGCUCAGAUUCGAAUUGGACGUAACCCUAGCAUGCCGGGUGAUGAGCCAAGGAAUACAAUGUCAGACUUGCAGAGUGUGUGGAACUUCUUGAGUAGGUACAACAACACCAGCAAGUACAAAAUAUUUGUGACAACAGACUCAGAGGAGGUACGGGCAAUAGCUUCAGAAAAAUUUGCUUCCCAAUUUGUGUACAAUUCUGGGGAAAUAAUUCAUGUGGAUAAACCAUAUUAUGGGAAGAAAAAUGUGUGUGAUAAUGUAAUGAAGGUCAUUAUGGACCAAUAUAUUCUAACUAAAUGUGAUACAUUGUUGGUAAGCCGAAGUUAUUUUGGCGAAAAUGCUGCAAUUAUGAGAAAAAAUAAAAAAAACACAUUCAUUUUCAAAACUGGAGAGAUAUUCGCAUGGCACUGAACUGUUAUUUAAAUUACGCACACACACAUGCGCACACACACACAUACACCCAUUUAUGUUUUGUCAAUUGAAAUUAUGCUUUCAUUCUAAUUAAAUGUUUCACAUUUGAAAUGUGUUGUACACAAAAAUCUAA